AAGCGAGACAGUAUGGCCCAAGUUGUGGAUUUGGAAGGUGGGGGCAAAUCAUUCCCCAACCACAACAAGAGACGAAGCGACAAAAUAAGGUGGCAAGUUACGCUGUUAUACUGUACGCAGAAGGAAUCAUCAUCCUUGUUACAGUAUGGUAAGAAAUUAUUCAAAUAUGAGUCCUUGUCCAUAUUGAUAGUACUACGCACGGACUGGGUUAUGUUUAGGCAUUGGGACGAUGGAGAGGAGGACACAAAUGGUGGUACAGAACAGAGCGAUUGGUUGAGAAAGGCAAAGCAAGAGAAAUGGAACCAUCGAUCUUUUGGCUUACCAUGGAAUGGAAGGGUCCACUGGGUUCUCCAGAGCUGAAUUAUGGCUGAGGGGGAAAAGUGGGAUUGGCCAGCAUAGACCACUAGGCAGGCACAUGUUAAGUCCUCAUCUUUCAUGAAUUUUAAUUAUUAUUAAUAUUA